UCGUGGCAGCACGGUAGGCACGAUCGUUUUCGGUUGCGUUGGAAGGCGCCGGCGAUGUGUUGUAUCUAACGUGUAACGUGUCUGCUGAAGCAACAAAAUUGACAAAAUCUUGAAGGCGUCUCCGGCGGUUUCGCCAGUCACAACCGAUUGUUUUUUAAAUUGCCGCCGUCUCAGCAAUGGCCAAAGGCUCUCUGAAGAGCAGGCUUGACGGCAGCAGCCUCGACCUGAGCCUGAACGAGCUCACCGAGCCACCCGUGAAAGAACUCGCGGAACUACCAAAAGCCGUGAAGCUGGACUUAUCUUGCAAUAAAAUCGCCGUGCUACCCGAUGCGUUCUGUGCUUUGACGCACCUCAAGGAGCUCGACCUGAGCAAGAAUCAGCUGCGAGAACUGCCGGCGAACUUUGGCCGCCUCAGUGCCCUGCAUAAGCUCGACCUUUACGGCAACAACUUGACGACACUGCCGUUGAGCAUGUGCCGCAUGAAAGCUCUGCGUUGGCUCGACUUGAAGGGAAAUCCGCUCGAGCCCCGGCUCAAGGCGGUCGCCGGUGACUGCCUCAACGAGAAACAGUGCCUGCAGUGCGCCAAGAAGGUUGUCGAGUACCUUCAGGCGCAAGAAUCUGAGCUGGAGCGCGAAAAGCAGAAGAAGCUCAGGGCACAAAGAGAGCAAGAGGCACUGCGGAAAGCAGAAGAAGAGAAAGAAGCGGAACGCCAGAGGCUAGAGAAAAAGGCUGAACGUGAGAAGAAGAAAGCAGAGCUGCGGCAGAAGAAAGAGCAACAGUUCAAGCAGAAGCAGGAGCUCAUAAAGGAAAUGGAAGUAGCACAGGGGAAAUUCCAGCAGUCUAAGAAAGAUGGGAAAGCAACUACAAAAUUGGCACCUGGCCACAGUAAGCGUGGAGGGUGCUUCUCUAUGCUGAUGACUCUGCUCAUCACCUUGCUCCUCGUGGCGGCCUCCCUGUUCAGUGCGGUUGUGGUGUAUUCAUUUUACAAGCACAAAUAUCCUGUCACAUGGCCUUACAUACAAGAUGUGGUACACCAGCAUUGGCGACCGGUGCAGCUCUACGUUCUUCAAGGCUGGAACUUGGCCAGCGUGCAAGUACAGUUGUGGACAAAAGAGAUUGUCCGCAUGGUCCAGUCACUCGGUGCAGUGAAGGCCAAGAACUGACAAUUGAUUUGGUUCCCUUCACUUGUGCGUUCCGUCAAUACAUUCAGUUUGUUCUGUCUUCAAAAAAGGCUCAAUCCCAGCCGUGGUGUCUGCAUUUCGAUGGGGAUGAAAUGCAAAAACACUUGUGCACUUAGAUUUUAAAGAACCCCAGGUGGUCAAAAUUUAUCCGGGGUCUUCCACUACAGCAUGCAAUCAGAUCAUGGUUAUAGCACAUAAAACCCCAUAAUUUUUUCUAUGUAGGCUGUUAGGGGUGUGUGAAUAUUAGAAAUUCUAAGUGUGAAUCCGAUGCUUCUGAUUCGAUUUGAGGGCUUGAUAUUCGAUUGUAUUGGAAUGUAUGGGGUUAGCACGACUAUUGACGCUCGCCUGUGGUAGAACAGCCCCAUGUGCAUGUGGUCCUCUGGCAAUUUUCAAGCGGCCAUUGUAAGCCAACCAUAAACUCUGGUAACCUUUCACUUUUUGCUGAUUUACAAAUUUUAAUCUGCCCCAUUGGAUGGGCUCUUAAUAGCAUUGCUGAAGUUUUUCUUUUUUUCACAGUUCCUCUAUCUUUUUUAAGUACUCUUGAAGCAGAAAAAUAUCUGUAUUCGAAGCUUGCAUUUUCCAAAUAUUUCAUUCAAUUUGAAAAUUUAAUUACGUCAUGGAUACCCAUACUUUAUAUUUGUAAGUGCCAAAGCUAUGUAAAGCGUCGCUGGCCUCUAGAGAGCAUCACAUGACACGGAAUAUUUGAGGUACAGUUAUUAAAGUUCUGUUCACUGCUCACCUUGGAGUCGCACACAUAGUUAUUGGGCAUUGACACAACUCGUGCAUUGGUGGUUACCUUGUGAAUAAAAGUAAUCUUUAUAGCUUCUUUCUAUUUACCUGGAAGCUGCAUUUUGGAUCCAAGAAGGUUUGAAAAAGUCCACUGCUUAAGGGCGAUUGCCAUAUAGUCUUAUCACAUUGGUAUUGGAGAAAACGAAGCACUUGCAGGCAUGUCAAAAUCAAGGUUUGUGCUAGUAUAAAUCCUUCGUGGGUAGCAAGGUGCACUGGCAGAUUGGGUGCACAGGGCUGGAAUACAGAGGUGAUGAUGAGGCUGGUUGCUGGCACUUUUGAUACACCUUUUGAAAAUUGUGACAGUUUUCAUGUGCACUUGACCACAAAUGAUUUUGAAACAUGCACAUUGCAAGCGAGUUAAAUUUUCUCGUGGCUUCGCCACUUGGCCUAAAAUUCAUGGCUUCAGUGUGAUGGUCAUGUGGGACGAUUCAUGCAGUACCCUUGAGUUAUGCUAAGGGUGCAUUAUCCUCGAUGAAAUUUAAUCUUCUCAUGGAUCUCCUGCUUCAAAAACCUCUGCAGUCAGAGGUGUCAGAGGUGUCAGAGUACCAUUUGGUAUAUAUAAAGGCAAGCCAUUCUGCCUCCCACACUACAAAUGCAGCAGCCUUAACCUUGCAGUAACACACCAACAUCAUCUGUGUACUGUGAGCACCAAAACAUGGAAUACGGUUCUGAGAUCAAAGUUUGGUGUCAUGUGAUCUCACAUAUUGCAAGCAUUCUCUGCCUCUCUAUGCAAUAAGCAAUACCACAGUCGCAUAAGUCACUUUUGCAGUAUCUGCAUGAAUCGGGCUUGCAUGUGUAUAUUUAAUUUCACUCUGACGUUUUGGCACUUGGCAACCCAAGCGAAAAAAAGAAACUGCCUCUUAAGGGGCCCUGAAACACUUUUUAUCGAAGUUGUGAAAUGCAUUUGACAUUACAAUAAAGACUAUUUUAGAAUUA